AUGGACAAACAUGAAGAUGCUUUCUCUGGUGACUACGGCUGUGUAGGUGAUGUAGUUACAGAGCAGUAUGUGGUGGAAUCCACGGUCUCUGCUUGUCACGUCCAGCUGGCCUGCAGUGAGCCGUACUGUGCUUUCCCUCUGAAUGGACGGGAGCUCUGUGUGUGGAGCGCCACGAGUCCUCGUGACCAGCUUUUAAUUCUCAGAGGACACCAUCAGUUAAUAACUGCUGUGGCUUUUGGAAAGAAAGUGAAUUCACUUCUUCUCUGCUCUGCAUCACAUGACUACGUUAUACUCUGGAACGUAGACGAAUGUAAAGAGAAGGCAUUGCUCGGGGAAGCUCCUCGUGGGACAGUCCUAGGCACGCUCUUGGGGAAGGUGCUUUGCUUACAGUUCAGUCUGGAUGAUCGUGCUAUUGCCGUGUGCACUGGGGAUAAAAUACUCAUGCUGGAUGCCAAGAGUCCGUCUGUCCUGGCUGAGCUGCGGGGCCACCAGGCUCCAGUCACCGCACUCACGUUCUGUGCUGGGCAAGCUGACCUCCUCAUCUCAGUGUCUGAAGACAGAUGCUUCCAGGUCUGGAACCAUCAUGUGGGGACUUCAGUGUACACCUCGCCAGUGCUAGCAGCGUGUCCUCUCCUCAGCGUGCUUGUUGAUGAAGACACCAAGCAGCUUGUGACUGGGUGUGCUGACGGCCAGCUCUGGGUCUUCAGUUUGGUUGAAAAUCAUCAUUAUCGUUGUGUGACACGUGUGGACCUAAGGAGAAAGAGUGAGCGUUUCUUCAUCCAACGGGUCUCACCUGAGUCAUGUGGCCUUUCAGGUUCUCAGUCGUCCUUUUCUCUAGGGGGGAAUCAGCUGCUGCCCUCCAAUGAGCAGGACAGAGAAGCAGGGAUGCAAGUGGCGUGGCCAGUCCUACACCUGGAGCUCUGUGACCAGUCCUACGCUCAGAAUCCUGGGUGGAAAUGCCUUCCUUCGGAGAAAGCCAAGUGUCUGUGGGUCGGCUGCUCCACUGCCUUAUUCGUACUGAACUUGGCAAGCUUUGAGCUGGAAGCUGUUGUACUUUACAAAGACUUCAUGGGCCUCAGCAUUAAAGUUGCUGGAUCGUGUGCGAUAAUGAACAGAGCCGGACACGGAAAGGUCUGCUGUGCACUCACGUCCACGUUUGGAAACAAGAUGGCAGUGCUGGAGGUGAAGGCCCCCGCUCUCCUGAGGUGUCAGCAGGGCCCCGGGCCCGGCCCUGGGAGGAGCCUCUCCGUGUUGGCCAGUGCCUGUGUCUUACCGACCUCCCCACUGUAUUCUGGAGCUGUUGAGAAGAAGCACACUAAGCCGCCUGCCGCAAAGCAACUUGCUACCCGGAGCCGCAUCCAAGACCAGCCCCUGGUCUUCCACGGGAAGGUCAGGUCCUCGGGCUACGCCUCCUGCCCACGUGUGACUAUGUUUUCACCAAAGACUAAUGUUAAGAGUGAUGGCAAAAGAGCUUCACAAGGCAAACACAGCUACAUACGGAAGGACUAUCCUGUGGCGAGCUCCCUGCCAGCCCGCCUCUGUGGGCAGAUGGCUGUGGCCCCGAAACCGACCACAGUGUGCUGUCUGCAGUACUCAGGUGAUGGUCGGCGGCUGGCCUGUGGCUUAGCCAACCAUUUACUGCUCGUCAUGGAUGCCAGCCUCACUGGAGUCCCAGCGGCUUUUCUCGGUCACGAUGGGCCAGUGAGUGCGGUCAGCUGGAGUCACAGUGGGGAGUGGCUGGUCUCCUCAUCCCAGGACGGAACUCUGAGGCUGUGGCCAACCCGAGGCACAGCACACACGGUGCUCCUGGGCAAAGACAUGUUCUCUAAGCCGAUACAAUCCGCACAGUUUUAUUAUGUAGAUACUUUUAUAUUAUUAGCCUCUGGUCCAGAAUUGCAUCUACUAAAGUAUCAUAUUGACACUUGCAAAGAUGAGAUAAAAAGAUAUCAACAGAAGAGCAAGUUCCAGCCAGCUCACAGACUCUUCACGACCGAGAAGCUGGAGAUCACCAGCUUGUCAGCAGUGAAUGACUUUUAUUCCUAUACUGUGCUGACGGCAGACCGAAACAGGACGUUAGAAAUUUUUGACCUCAACGUGGGCUGCAGUGUGGCCCGGAUCCCGGAUGCCCAUUCCCGUCUGGUUCAUCAGAUUUGUCAGAACAAAGGAUCAGCCUUUGCGGCCCAAGAGCCUGAGGCAUACAACCUUUUCCUCACUGCUGCUGUAGGCGACGGUGUCAAGCUGUGGGACCUGAGGACUCUGAGGUGUGAGCGCCGCUUUGAGGGACACGCCAACCGCUGCCACCCAUGUGGGGUGGCCAUCAGCGCUUGUGGACGGCAUGUGGCUUGUGGUGCUGAGGACAGAUGUGCCUAUGUAUAUGAAAUGGGUUCCAGUACUUUCUCACGCAGGCUGGGAGGACACACAGACACAGUUAUUCAGGUGGCCUUCAACCCCUCUGCUCCCCAGCUGCUCAUUUUCACUAAGCAAGGAACUAUUGCCAUCCAGGGCCUGCUACAGUGCCUGACACCUGCUUUGUCCUUGGUGUAG